AUGGGCUCACAAGACCAAGGCGCAACCGGCGCUGCCAAGUGGGUGACAUCCACCCUGGGAAACACAGUCGGAGGUGUUACUCGCACGGUCGGCGGUGUGACAGGCGCCGCGACUCGGGGCCUCGGCGAUACUAUCAACAGUGCUACGGGUAGCGCUGGGCGACCCGUUGGAGAUGCGAUCGGAAAUGCUGGGACUGGUCUCGAGGACGGGACCAAGUCUGUCGCGAAAGGUGUGGAGAAUGCCGGGCAAUGGAAAGGACAGUGGAGGUAA